AGUUCUGCCGACGGUGCGACACUGCUAAACUGCUAACGGAAGACAGCAGCCUGCGUACCACAAACACUCCCCCCCCCCUCUCUCCCUCCCCGCGCAGUGAGUGCUCGUUUGCUCGGAUCGAUCGAGGACGAUGAACCGGCGUCCCGCGGCUCGUCGGGUGUAAAAACCUCGUCUUGUUCCAGCUCGUUUGUGCGAUGAAACGACGCGUCAGCAGCGCCCGCGUCAUCUAACGGUCACCGAGGCGCUAGCGGUGCGGACGUUAGCCGACGACCAUUACCUUUCUAACAGAUUCGUGGCUGAUUAGCAAAGGGCAGCGAUACCAUGUGGGAGUCACAUGAACGACGAGGAUGAGGCAUCAACAACAAGGGGGCCCCUUCAGGAAAGAGCCGCUGCUGCACACCGACCGCCACAGGGAGGGGGCUUGCUGCUUGUAGAGGCCCUGCACAAGCAGCCCCCCCCCCCCCCAUCCUAUCUGACCUCCCUCCACCCGUCACACCCCCUUGAACAUAUGCAAUGAACAUCACUACAGAGUCCCCUGCCAUCGUUGAUGGAGAUGUGGCAGUCGGCUAUGUGUUGGUGCCCUUUUUCCUCCUCACCGUUCUUGGAAUAGCUGCAGCUGUGGUCAUGUAUAUCCGAAAGAAAAGGAGGAUCGACAGACUCCGUCAUCAGCUGUUACCAGUUUACACGUACGAUCCAUCAGAGGAGCUCAAUGAAGCUGAGCAAGAAAUGCUGUGGAAGGAGGAAGACACGAGGAUCGUACAAGGUUGGGCCAGAGGUUAUCAACAGCGACGCCCUCUUCUGACCAAAGACAUCAAUGCAUGAUGGCGGUGAAGCAUCGAACGUCUUUCAGGGCGGACGCCACCGUCGUCCUUUCAAGACACUUGUUUGUUGGUCACACUUUGAUUUGUUAUCCUUCCUAUUUAAAGUGUACAGCCUGUUCAUUUCUGUGGUUUCCGGUUCAUAUCCCUUUUGCCCAAUAGACACGGCACCAUUCAUUAAUUUAUUUGAAAAAUAUUUAUUGAAAGUUUUUUUCUUUUACUGUGGUAUUCAGUCGUAGGACUCAGAGUUAAAUAACGUGGGAUAUUUCUAAAGAUGAAGGCUCCUGUGGGUUCACUCUGUUGUUUACAAGCAUGAUGCUGGAGUGGGCGGCGUGUGGCUUUUGCACUGACUUUAAUUCAGGGGCAAUGUUCACCGUACAAAUGUUCUGCACUAGUUUAAAAUCAUCACUGCGACUGUGGCGUCGUUGUGAAGAGGUUGUUUGCAGUGCAUUCAAAUCCAAAUAUGGCUUCUUUUGGUGAAAUGCUUUCAGUUUGCAAGUUGCAUUUGUAGACAUGAAACAAUGUAGUUUCAUCUCAAAAUCAAAAUGACAGAUUUAUAAGAUUGGGUGAGUCAAAUAUUUGAACUGCUUUUUUUAAAGUUUAAUUUCCACCUCUCGAUUCCAGAUUUUUUUUUGCUUUUGCCAAACCCUAUGACUCUCGUCAAUGGCACGUUUUAAUAACACCAACCCCCUCACAUCCACAAAAUAAGCUGUGACUCGUGCCCUAAAUAUGUCCUGUCAAAUGGCAUCAUACCAACAGAAAUGUACCUCCAGCUGCAGAUGAAUAAUAUAGAUCUGACUAUCGAGCACUCAGGAAAAACCUCAGUUCUUUGAGAAAGCGUACGCUUUAUUUGCCUUUGCCGCUGGGAAUGUAGUCUUCAUACAGAUUGUUGUAGAUGCAGUUUGGGCUUUUUUUUGGAGAGAUUGUUCUACUUGUGAUAUUUGGACCUAAAAACAAUUCUGGUAGAACACGCUCCUCGGCCAUCUUAAACUCAUUGUCUGAAAGCUUCAUUUAAGAGGUUUGCAGUGGAAUUAGAAACUAUUAGUUGGCGCUAGUAAAACGGAUUGGUUUGCACAUAAAUGUAACCGGACUACUGAUGUAAAUGUUGGGCAGCAAUGUAGGAGGGUUUGUUGCUUUGAAAGGGAGCUGAUUUAAGCAUGAAUAAAGUGAUACGACUCCCUUAAGCUCAUUGUCAUCUCAUGGAGUGCGAUGCACACCUGGAAGUAGCAUGACAUCAAAAGACAGAAAAACUGUCAAAGAAAUUCUUUAUUGACCAUUUCUGAUACAAAUUGUUGUAGGGCACCAUAGAAAUAUAGACAUUGUACAUUUAUAUACGGUGUACAUUAAAAAGAAAGAUCGCAUCCAAUUGAGUUUACAGCGCGUAAAAUGAAUGAAUGCAGUAGGUUGACAUGACAGAAAAACAAUGAUACAGAUGUAAUCCAGAGUACUUUGAGGGGGGGCUACAUGAAGUAG